CAACCUGUUACAACCUCCUUGCAGUCAGUCGCGUUGCGAACGCCGCGCAAUCAAUUCCUGAACGAAUUGAUAACUGUCAUUUAUUCGCGGGAAAACGAGCGCGUGUUAUUUUUUUUUUAAUAUUUUUUUUUUGUUAGAAACUUGUGAUUUUUUGUAACGAAAAAGUUUUUAUUCCUACUUAGUUUAUUUUUGGAUUUAUUUUUUUAUUUUGUAGAAUUUUUAAAAUGAAUUUCACAGCAACGUUAUUAAUGAUCCUGGCUGCAGCAUCAUUGAGCUGGUGUCAGAAAGAUGAUCAGAUAGUUCGCCAGGACUUCGAGGGACCGAACGACGAUGGCUCAUAUAGAUGGGCUUUGCAGACGUCGGGCGGUAUCUUCCACGAACAGAAAGGCAGUCUACAACCUGACAGCGCAGGAGAGCCCAGCCUACUGGUGCAGGGGCAGUACCAGUACACCGCGCCUGAUGGACAGAUUAUAAACGUCCUGUACACGGCUGGAGAGAAUGGCUUCGUGGCUCAAGGAGAUCACAUCCCAACACCCCCGCCCAUACCGCCGGCCAUACAACGAGCACUGGACUACUUGGCUACCAAACCGCCUUCCACUGACUAUUAGUUUUUUAAGAUUCACUUCUGCCAGCGGUUUCACCCGCAUCACGUGGGAAUUUCUUCAUGAACCCUGAUAAAGAGUAGCCUAUAGCCUUUUUCGAUAAAUAGGCUCUCUAACGCUGAAAGAUUUUUUCAAAUCAGACUGGUACUUCCCGAGAUUAGCGCUUCAACUUUUAAAUAAUAUUAGUACCUAUUGAUUGAGGUGCCCAAGAGUACCAAUCCACCAUCCACUGAUUAUUAGUUAGGUACUUAAGAUUGGGGAACAAGUUCAUCGAUAAUUCAUCAUUCAGUCACGAUUUUCUUUAAAAAAAAAACAACCAUCAUGGGCCCGAUUCUCCUAAGAUAAUAAUGACAAAAUCGAAUAGAAAUCGAAUCGCAAUAUGAUCGCAAUAGCCGUUUUGAC